ACAAUAAUAGAUGAUAAACAUUUUUCGGCGAAAUUUGUUUAUGUCCGAAGCAAUCAUCAGUGAUAUUUCAAAAAUCGUGAUCCAUCUAAUUUAAAAUGUCGGAAUCAGAUUACUUUGGUUUUGAGCUAAUUUUCAAGACAGUUGAAGGAUCCAUCAACGCAAAAUCAGAUGUGCUGAUGACCGUCAUCCAUUGGUACUUGAUUAAGAACUCAUUCCGCAAUGUCGGUAUUGGAGAUGAUAAAACCUUAUCGGAGUCGGAAGAGAAAAGUGAACUACUCCCGGAUGGAUGGAAUGCAAAUCCGCUCUCGUAUGCCCUUCGUUAUGUGAACAACGAUCAGCUGUACAUUCUGCACGGCACUGACAGCCGAGGAACAAUGAUCGUAAAUUUGUUGAAAGUGAAAACUUUGGAUGUAUCGAAUAUUACUCUCAACAUUGAAGACACUGUAAAGCAACUCAAGGGAUCCAUUACAAGUUUGAUUCCUGAAGCAUCUACGGUGCUGAGUCGUAUUCGUGACUGUCUGUUGAAACCCGUAAUAGAUGGCAACCAGAAAGAUGGGGAAGCCCAAACUGAAACCGAAACGCAAAGACCGGUACGCUCGGAUGACCCUGUGAAUCCACUGCAAAUUGGAAGACCACGACUGCCGGAUCCACUGGGUGUGGGAAAUGUAGGCCGUGGCGAUCUGGAUCCAUUGGGUCGCGGUGGUGGAAUGAUCUUUGAACCACCGGGUGGGUUCAAUCCUCUGGCAGACCUCAGGAGACCGGGACCCCGAGGCCCUAUCCCGGGAGCACGCUUCGACCCAUUCAGUCCCCCCGUUGGCUCAAAUCCAAGAUUUUACCGUGUCCCAGAUCCUGACCCAGACCAUAUGCCACCACCUGGAUACGACGACAUGUUCAUGUAAUAAUCACGGAGGGAACACUUUCGGAGUAAAUGGAAGAAUUUACGAAGCUGCUUGACUGAAUUGUCUCUGUUAUUCUGAUAAUAAAAAAACAUAUUACUUACCUUGAA